AUGUCAUCAUCGAUGGUAAGGACAGUCCCGGCAAUAAUAUGCGACUGCAGAAGAUUAGAGCUGCAGAAGACGCACCAGAAGUUGAUAGAGACGCUCAACGAGUUCUUGGAGUCGUUUCGCGAAAUGGAUGUCAACUGCGAUGACCGGCAGAAGCGACAGAAUAUUCUUGUCUUUCAAUUGAAUGAAUUGAAGAAACUUAAGACCCGUUUCGAUGAACGCAAAGUGUUCUUUGAUCUGAAGGACAGCCAAUUCGGUUGUCAGCGAUUCAGUCGAGUGAAGAUCCGGAGGAAGUGCUUCGAAAUUUUCUCAGUUCUCGCGGACGAAAAGGCGAUUCAAUUGUUGGAUGUGAUGGAGAGAGCGGUGAAGAUAAUCGAUAUGCAUAUCGAUGUCAAUAACGAUCGGAACGAUGAGUUCAGUUGUUCUAUGAUGAAGAGGCGGACAAUCGAUGGGAACAACAGGAGAGUGAAUAGAGGACUGAAUACGAGUGUGGAUGUGAUGACCGAAAAGCCGAUGCAUUCGUACAGAAAUAUACUGAAAGACAAGUCGACACAAGCGUUGGCCGAAAGGGAGAGACUUCUGAAGGAUUUGACGGCAUUUACGGCUCAACUCAAGAAAGAUCUCAAUCUGUCGAUACUUUUGACGGAAAGUGUCUACGAUUUCGAGACCGUAGAAGUCGUUGAUAAUCAGACAAAGAGUUGAGGUUUUUGUAGACAUUUCUUAUCAGACUUUCAUUUCAUUAAUAACUCAUUUCUCAAACAAACAUUUAUUUACUCUAUUCAUUAAAAUCUAUUCAUUAAACACUUGAAAAUACUUUUAUAUAUUACUCUUAAACUCAUU